CCCUAAAUCUCUCUCUCUCUCUACCCCAAUUCUUGAAUUCUCCUUAACCCCACCCUUCCCUCUCUCACACACAUACACACACACACUGACAUAUACAUACAGAUACAUACACACAGUGUGUAAAGAAAGAAUGAUGGGAAAUGGAGAUCCGGAGAGGGGAACGAAGAACAGAAGCAACCACAGCUACCCACAGACUAAUUACUACGCCGGCGGCGGAGGAGGAGGAGGAACAUACCACAUGGAAUAUUCGGAGAGUCAGUGGACAUCGUGGCUUGUGCCGAUGAUAGUUGUGGCAAACGUUGGGAUGUUUGCGGCGAUCAUGUUCGUCAACAAUUGCCCAAAGAAUCACAAUAACGGAUUUCAAGGCGGCGAUUGCGUCGCCAAGUUUCUCGGCCGCCUCUCUUUUCAGCCCCUCAAAGAAAACCCCCUCUUCGGCCCCUCUUCCUCAACAUUGGAAAAACUGGGAGCGCUCGAAUGGGACAAAAUAGUUCACGGAAAUCAAGCGUGGAGGCUUAUUACUUGUAUAUGGCUGCAUGCCGGUGUCGUACAUUUACUUGCAAACAUGCUGAGUUUGGUCUUUAUCGGAAUUCGCCUAGAGCAGCAAUUUGGAUUUGUGCGUAUAGGGGCAAUUUAUCUAGUAUCGGGUAUCGGAGGGAGCGUACUCUCGUCCCUUUUUAUACACAGGAAUAUCUCCGUUGGAGCUUCGGGUGCUUUAUUCGGACUUCUCGGAGCAAUGUUAUCCGAGUUAUUUACUAAUUGGACCAUUUAUACCAACAAGGCUGCGGCUCUUUUUACGCUGAUUGUGAUAAUCGCAAUAAACUUGGCCGUUGGAAUUCUUCCGCAUGUCGAUAACUUUGCACAUAUUGGAGGGUUUAUGAGUGGCUUCCUCCUCGGAUUUAUACUUUUGGUCCGACCCCAAUUCGGUUGGCUGGAGAAUCGCCACCUGGCAGCUCAUAAUAGGAUGAAGUCCAAGUACACGGCUUACCAAUAUGUUUUCUUGGUUGUGGCUAUUGUUCUUCUUAUUGUCGGAUUCACGGUGGGAUUGGUAAUGCUGUUUAAGGGAGAAAACGGGAACGAUAAAUGUAGCUGGUGCCAUUAUCUGAGCUGCGUGCCUACAUCGAGAUGGAGCUGUAAUAACUGAUUUCGAUUUCGCAUCAGUUUAUAUCUUUUUUUUUUUUUUUUUCUCUCGCACCGUCGAAUAUCAACAGUUCAUAUAUUUUUUUCGAGGUACAAAAUUUAUUGUAGUAUAUAUGCUUCAUUGUGUACAUGCAUAGUAAUUGACAUCGAUAAGUUCUGUCGAUUUUCUUUGUAUUGAACAUAUAUAUAGAGAAUUCUUUUUUUAUG